CAGGCAUCCGGAGCCGUUUGAUACCCAGCUACGACGCAGCGCUACGGCUCAUCGACCAAUACGAAACAGUCAAACACUCAGGCUAUUGUAGUCUGGAAACUGACGGUCGCUUCGGAAGCUGUUUCCAAGCCGAGUAUUUUGUGCAGCAGUCAAUUUCACGAUCUUAUAAGACACCUGACAGUACGUUGGGGAACGAGCCAGAACGCUAUAAACUCGGCCAAGUUGGCGAUAUCGCCCACAUAUAGCCCACGGAAGGCGCUUGUCAAGUGGGGAAUUCAACCCUCUCAGCGCUCGUUGUGUGCAUAUCAUCUCGUCAAGAUCACAAAGGCCACCUCCUACUUGUCCAUAACCAGCGUUGGAACAUCGCGUUCGACGGUCACACUGAUGGGGGUUCUGGCCAUCAUAAUCGAUGCUUUCAGGGUCGUAAUCGGCAUCUUCGGGAGAGGUAGAUCCCUAAGCGCCUCUUUGUUCUCCUUCCUGAGUCAACACUGCGGCUACUAUGGCGCAAUUACAGUGAUCUCCUCAGGAGUGGCCGCGGUGGUUUACGCAACUAUAUGGUUCGCCUUCCCAAAAACGUCUUCUUAUACACCGCAAACCACUGGGGCGUGGGCAGGGGGAAAGCCGGGGAACAAGCGAAAGGUGCCAUAUGAGCAUGUUUGGGUGAAGGGCGACAUGUUACUUCUCGACCAUGGCCAAGGGCCGUCGUACUGUAACGCUUGUAGUCAUCUCGUCGUGCAAGGGCUGGCAUGCUUGGUGUGCCGUCGGUGUGCUCAUGAGGAACACUACGAUAUGGUGCAGGACAUGCCGUGCAAGCUUCUGUACUCGAACACCGACAUUCCAAAUCUAUUACGCAUGAAGAGGAAAGAUUCCACAUCUUCUAUCAACUCGAGUUCCUCCGUCGAUGACAACUACAAGCCGCUUCAUAGCAUUGGAUCUCGAUACAGUGAGCAUCAGUGGGUUGAGGGAAACCUAUCCGUCGGCGCGCAAUGUGCCGUAUGCAAAUCAGCAGCUGGAAGCGAGCCCACUCUGAAGGACAUGCGCUGUAUCUGGUGCGAUGUCGCGGUACAUACAACCUGCUUCACUCAAUUCCGACAAAAGUGCCCGCUGGGCCCGAUCCCGCAUCUGGUUGUCCCACCGCUUUUCGUGACAAGGAUAUCAAAUGCGACGAGAGGUGCCUCGAAGAAGCCAGAACCCCGCUUCAAAGUCGCAGACCUUCCCGAGGGCUCGAGGCCGCUCCUGUGUAUCGUGAAUCCUGCCUCUGGAGCUCAGAACUCCGGCGCGCUACUGGGUGCUCUGUUUGCCAUGUUGAACCCGGUGCAGAUUGUAGAUACCUCUCAGGAAAACCCGGAAGCCUUGAUCCGAGCAUUCGAGCCGGUCCUCGACAGAUGCAGAAUACUUGUAUGCGGCGGAGACGGGACAAUUCAGUGGGCUCUAUCGAUAUUGGAUAAGGUCAUCGAAAAGGCAAAACCCAAGCCCCCUGUCGGUGUACUGCCUUUGGGAACUGGGAAUGACUUGGCGCGGGUGCUAGGCUGGGGAGGCGGCUGGACAGGCUCAGACGUACGCGGCAUUGUACGCGCCAUCGAUAGGGCGGCUGAAGUCGAGGUCGAUCGGUGGCGAGUCACCGUGGCUGAACGACCUAACCGGUUAACUUCGACCGAGAAAGUCGGCCGGGCACUCCACCUGAGUACCGGCAAACCACCAAAGGUUUUGAUGAUGAACAACUACUUUAGCGUAGGAACGGACGCAUCGGUUGCGCUUGAUUUUCACACAACGCGGUUACGACAGCCCCAAUUCUUCCGGAACAGACUUCUCAACAAAGUGUGGUACGCAAUGUAUGGCGGAAAGCAUCAGCUCAAAAACCUAAUGUCGUUCAUGGGAAUCACCAAAUCCCUGUCCUCGGGCUCCCUGUCUGUCCUCGACGACGACAAGUCGCCUCAGCGAUCGUCAACGAUGCGGUCGGGCGAUCGCGAGACGAUAGAUGAGAGUUUUGCAUCGCCGGGGACUCAUGAACCCUUGUCCUCCUCGUGGAUGUAUCUUGAUCAUGAGAAGGAAGGGGUUGAUCUCACCGAUGUCGGAGCCCUCCUAGUCCUCAACAUCCCCUCCUACGGCGGCGGCGGCAAGAUCUACGCAACCGCCGAAGCCGACGGCUACCCCCCCUCCCUCCUUAACGACGCCAAACUCGAAGUCCUAACCGUCGCCUCCCCGCUCCACCUCGGCGCCAGCGUCGUCGGUCUUUCCUCUCCCAACGUCGUCGGCCAAGCCCACCACAUCCGCCUCGCCAUCGACGCCCCGCAGGUCGCGAUGCAGGUCGACGGCGAGCCCUGGCUGCAACAGGGGCCUGCGACCGUAUUGCUGGAGUAUGCGGGCAAGACGAAGAUGCUGAAACGUGGCGACCUGCUGGAUGGGGAGGAGAGCGAGAAUGAGGAGGAGACGUUGAUUGCGGAUCGCGGGCGCGGGGGGGAUUUGCAGACUGGAGAUGAGGCGGAUGAUGAGGCGGAAUUUGGGGAGGAGUAUGAGGACGAGGGUGAGGGUGAGGGUGAUGAUACGGCAGUAUCGCAGCUCCUUACCAACGGCCUGCUCAGUCAAGAGCCUGGGGAUUUGCGGAAGAGGAUCAUCGCGCCUAUUCUCGACGACGAUGCGUCGCCGGAAUCGCAUAUCAAGUCGUCGAAGGAAACUGUCGACCGCUGAAGCACUCCAUCCCCGGCGUCACGUCAAGUUUUUGUUUUCUAUA